UCACGUGUUCCCCACCCCGUGCACUUCCCGUUUGCUGCGAGAUUUGAACUCUGCAACUGUGAUUCCGGGCUGCUGCUUUCCCCCUCUCGGGUUGCGUCGCCACUUUAUUCCUCCAACGCUCCAUUCGGAGAUCCGAGCCAUGGCCCCUCUCGGAAGAAAGCGUAAGGCCGGGGCCGCGCCUAUGGAGUCGGCGGACAAGCGCGAGAAACUGGCGGAGGGCGCGGCCGUGGUCAUUGAGCAUUGUACGAGCUGACGUGUCUACGGCCGCCAUGCUGCUGCCCUGAGCCAGGCUCUGCAACUGGAGGCCCCAGAGCUACCUGUGCAAGUGAACCCGUCCAAGCCGCGGAGGGGUAGCUUCGAAGUGACGCUGCUGCGCCCGGACAACAGUCGUGUUGAACUCUGGACUGGUAUUAAGAAGGGCCCUCCACGAAAGCUCAAAUUUCCUGAGCCUCAAGAGGUGGUUGAAGAAUUGAAGAAGUACCUUUCAUAAGAGGUUGGGAAAGAGUCCUCUUGCUGAGCUUUCAGUCCCUGGAGAUGUUGAAGCAUUUAUGAUGGUGCAUGGCCAAACUUAAGCUAUGUACCUGAAGCUAUAGUUUCUUCCUCACCAGAAGUGAUGGUUCAGUUCUGAGGCAGACCUCCAGCAAGGCACUGUAAAAGUGUGUUGAUUUGUUUAAUAAAAGUUCAAGUAUUUGCAAAUAAGGA